CAGGAUACAUUAAAAAAAGGGACAAUUUUACGUUCAACCAUGCCAGCUGUUAGAGUGUUUUCGAGUGCAGUUUCCUUGGCAUUCCUCGCCGAUUUUGUCCCCUACAUUGUCGAUGGUGCAGUCAUUGUGGACCGGGCGGGGAAGGGUGUUAUUGCUGACAACAUGACCGGUAAAAUCAACGCCUCUGACCCGCCGCAACAUUGCAGUCAGGGAGCGCUGACCGAUAGGUUUGGAAUCAUCACACAGGCAGUUUUAGCAGUGCUGGCAUUCAGCAGUUUAAUUUUGAAACGACUACGAGAACCCAAAGAUGAGCGGAGGUCAUGGACUAUUUGGUUUUAUGACACAUCAAAGCAAGCAUUAGGAGCUGGAGUUAUACACAUGGCCAAUGUGUUUCUCUCAUCAGAGCUUUUCCAAGGAGAUCCCUGUAUAUGGUACAUUGUUUACUUCCUUCUGGACUCCACGUUCGGCCUGUUUUUUAUCUACAUCAGUGUGAAGAUAUCUCAGUGCAUUGUUAAACUAUGCGGCUGCAAAACAUUGUAUUUUGGAGAAUACGGCACCCCUCCGAAGUGUGAAUCGUUCAUUGGCCAGUGUGGUGUGUUUGUACUCAUAGUCAUAGUGGAGAAAGUUGUUAUUACCCUAUUUGCAAGCCUGAAAUUUUGGUCUGAGGUUGCAAGAACGCUACUUUCUCCAAUACAUAACGCCAGAGUGGAGGUUGUCAUUGUUAUGCUUAUAGUUCCCUUUUUUCUUAAUGCCAUCAUGUUCUGGGUGGUGGAUAACUUCCUCAUGCGGAAACGGAGAAAGCUAAAAGACGACCCAAACAAGAACGGCGUGCAAGCGCGUUACUUCAAGCUGAACAACAUGAAAGCCACAAACGGCGAAAGUCGCGAGCCUGAAUCUGAGGUUCUCCUAUCGCCAGAUGAGGAAAGUGGCGACACGGUCAUAUUACAAAGAAGUGCCAAUGGUAGACCAGGUUCGGAGGUGUAGCAGACUGGCGACUUGCAGGCCUUGAAUUUCAUCUUUGGAGAGGGCAAAGCAGUUUUCAUUUUGCAAAGGGCGCUUCCUGGCGUUUUAGAGUCUUUUGAAGGGGCACCAUGGCCUCCGUUUAAUUCCAGGCCUGGACUUAUGGUAGACAUUUAUUCAUUGAGAUUUGCUGGCCCUAACUUCUUCCAUAGAGGGACAAAAAAAUGUCCCCUGGAGUGGAGGAAAUAGUUAAUAGGAUUUUUUUCACUACUGCCUUUCCAACCCUUCCCUCCCACCCCCCACUAUUCUGUACUAUCAUGAAUCUUGAACCAGGAAAUUUAAAUGCAUCUUAGUUGACAAUACUAUGAUUUAGAGUUGAAGCUGUGUGUGAAUUUUGUUUUCUUCUAGCUGCAUGAGACUAAUCUAACUUGACAAUUUGACUUGGAAAAAUGAAUCUUUUGCUUCACAUUUUUCUCCCAUAAUCACACAGUUGAAAGAAAAAGUUGUAAUUUAUGGGGGAAACUGGCAGACUAGACUGGCCUCAGGUCGUACUUUUGUUCUUUGUGUAAAAUAUGUGAAACACUGCACACAGCAUUCUGCAUAACGCUUCAAUUCAUUACUGUGCGCCCGCACUUGCCAGUAUUGUGCCAUUCACCUUCACUAUUGGUUCCCUUUGAAGACUUUAGUUGAGGCACGAGGAAUGAGCAAACUCACUGGAUUGGCAACUCCUUGACAUCAGGGCCCAGUCUCAUAGAGUUGCUUAAGCAGAAAGUAUUGCUUAAUAAUUUGCUGCUAAGAAAAAAUAAGCAGGAUACCAGUCUCAGA